AUGUCGGGCGAGAGCGAGAUGGGGCUGAUGGCGGCGGGGACGGGCAAGGGCGACGAGCGCAAGGAGGCGCAGCGGAAGAAGAAUGUUCGCUUCUCGGGGAACGACGACGACGACGACGAUGAUGACGCCAAGCCACGGCGCGCGGUGCUGCCGGAGAAGAAGCCGAAGAAGGCAAAAGGCGCGCCCGCCGCCGCCGCUGACGUCAGCGCGAUGGAUCUCGACGACCUCGGCGCGGAGCCCGGCGCGGCUGGCGGAGGCGCCGUGGGGGCGGCGGCGCUGAUGGACUCCGCGGACCCGCGCGUGGCGGCGCUGGCGCGCGCGCAGCAGCGGAAGAAGGGGAAGAGCAAGUGCGGGGGCGAGGGGAAGCGGGGGGAGGGGAAGGGGGGAGGGGAAACGGUGGAGGGGAAAAGGGGGGAAGGAGAGGGGAACAGGGAUAGGGAGGGAGCAGGGGAGCAGAAAGAGAGGGCACGGGCAGAAGGAAGGGGUGGGGGGGGGAAAGGGAAGGUGGGUGAAGUGAGGGAGGGGAUAGAUAUGGGAGGAAAAGGGAAGGGAGCAGAGGGGACGUAUGGAGGGAGAGCGUGGAUGGAUGUGGAUGGGGGCGAUUGGCCUGUGAGAGGAUGGGCGCAUGGUGGGGCGGCAUGGUGGCAGGGCGAGGAGGAGGAGGGGGAGGCGAUGGAGCCGUUCAACCUGCAGCAGGAGCGCGAGGAGGGGUACUUCGAUGCGGAGGGCAACUACGUGGAGUAUAGGGAGGACACCGAGGCCACGGUGAGAGGCGAGGACACCGAGGCCACGGUGAGAGGAGAGGACACCGAGGCCACGGUGAGAGGCGAGGACACCGAGGCCACGGUGAGAGGCGAGGACACCGAGGCCACGGUGAGAGGCGAGGACACCGAGGCCACGGUGAGAGGAGAGGACACCGAGGCCACGGUGAGAGGCGAGGACACCGAGGCCACGGUGAGAGGCGAGGACACCGAGGCCACGGACGCAUGGCUGGCGACAGCGGAGGUGGACCCCACGCUGGCAGCCAAGGCAGCAGCGCGCGCCCAGGCAGCAGCGGCACCCCUCCAUGUACUCAUCUCCCCCUUUCCCCGUCUCCCCCCUUCCGCUCCUUCCUCUUCCCCCUGGCAGGACGCAUGGCUGGCGACAGCGGAGGUGGACCCCACUCUAGCAGCCAAGGCAGCGGCGCGCGCCCAGGCAGCAGCGGCAGCGGAGGAGGCGUUAGGCAGCGACAUGGGGCACGGGGAGAUGGCGGCCAUCCGACGGCGCAUCGCUGAUGCUCUCAGGCCGGGGGAGACGGUGAGUAUGGAGGAGGCAGGGGGAGGCGGGAGUCAGGAGGUGGGGGUCAGCGGGAUGGGGCACAGCAAGUUGGCAGCGAUACGACGGCGCAUUGCUGAUGCUGUCAUUCAAGGGCUCAAGCGCCUGGGCCGGGGGAAGAAGGGCGCGGGGCAGGGGGGAGCAGGGGGGAUGAAGGCGGGGAAAGGGGGGAAGAAGAGGGGUCGUCCGGGGGGUGAAGGGGAAGGGGAGGAUGGCGGGGAGGGGAGGGGGAAAGGGGGGAGGCAGCAGAAUAGACCACGGUGGAUGGAGGAGGCGGGAGGGGGGGAGGGGGAGGAGGGGGGCAUGGAUGAGGAGGCAAGGCAGCGGCUGUUUGAGCAGUUGACUGAAGACGCGAUGCUGCUCAUGGAUGCUGGCGAGACAGGUACGGCGAGACAGGUACGGCGAGACAGACGUGUAUUCAGUUCGGACAAGAAGAAGAUGUUUGAGCGUGAGGCCCGGGGGUAUGAGGCCAUCCCGCGCGCCCAUGGUGCAUGCUGCACACCCACACGUGUGUUGCUUGCUUUGCUCCCCGUUCCUUCCCUCCACCCCAUGCGGCAUGGCACGGUGCGUGCAGAGGUGUACUCGGACAAGAAGGAGACGUUUGAGCGCGAGGCCGCGGGGUACGAGGCCAUCCUCAGGGCUCGCCAGGGGCUGCUGGGGGGCGACGGGGGGGAGGGGGGUGUGGGAGAGGGGGGCAAGGGGGAGGGGGCCAAGGGGGAGAAGGGGGGUGCGGGUGGGGAGGAGGGAGGGAGUGGGAAGAAGAGAGGUGCGGGGAUGGACAUGUUUGGCGACGAGGAUGAUGAGGCAGGGGCUGGUGCAGGGGAAGGGGGGGCGAAGGAAGGUGAGAGGAAGGAGGUACAGGGAGGGGUAGAAGGGAAAGUAGGGGAGGAGAAGGAUGGAGGGGAGGGGAAGGCAGGGGGUGAGGGGAGUGGAGCGCCGAGCAACAGCAGCGGCUACGAGUUUGACCCGUCCACUGGCUACUACUUCAACAAGGAGCAGGGGUACUACUACGACUCCUCCUCUGGUCUAUUCUGCAGUGCUGCAAAUAGCACAUGGUACCGCUUCAACGAGGCAACCGGCGAGUACGAGGCGCUGCCAGCUGAUGCUGGGCACGGGGGUGCUUCAGGCAAUGGCGGUGGCGCGGGUGGCAAGGAAGGGGGGGAGGAGGAAGAAGCUGUGGGCAAGGCUGGUGCUGGCAGCGCAGCAAAGGGGGCAGAUGGGGAUACGGUAGGUGGGGAUGCAGCCGCUACAAAGACAGAGGGAGGGGCGUUAGCAGGUGAGGGGCGAGCAGAUGAGGGUGGAGCAGACACACACGGAGAGGGUGGCACGGGGAGGGUGGCACGGGGAGGGUGGCACGGGGAGGGUGGCAUGGGGAGGGUGGCAUGGGGAGGGUGGCAUGGGGAGGGCGGCAUGGGGAGGGUGGCAUGGGGAGGGUGGCAUGGGGAGGGUGGCACGGGGAGGGUGGCAUGGGGAGGGUGGCAUGGGGAGGGUGGCAUGGGGAGGGUGGCAUGGGGAGGGUGGCAUGGGGAGGGUGGCAUGGGGAGGGUGGCAUGGGGAGGGUGGCAUGGGGAGGGUGGCAUGGGGAGGGUGGCAUGGGGAGGGCGGCAUGGGGAGGGUGGCAUGGGGAGGGUGGCAUGGGGAGGGUGGCACGGGGAGGGUGGCAUGGGGAGGGUGGCAUGGGGAGGGUGGCAUGGGGAGGGUGGCAUGGGGAGGGUGGCAUGGGGAGGGUGGCAUGGGGAGGGUGGCAUGGGGAGGGUGGCAUGGGGAGGGUGGCACGGGGAGGGUGGCAUGGGGAGGGUGGCAUGGGGAGGGUGGCAUGGGGAGGGUGGCAUGGGGAGGGUGGCAUGGGGAGGGUGGCAUGGGGAGGGUGGCAUGGGGAGGGUGGCAUGGGGAGGGUGGCAUGGGGAGGGUGGCAUGGGGAGGGUGGCAUGGGGAGGGUGGCAUGGGGAGGGUGGCACGGGGAGGGUAUCAUGGUGUCCAGAGAGGGGUCAUGUGCGGUGGGCGGACGAGGGGCGGAGGGGAGGGGUGAGGGCAGCAAGGGGUGGUCGGGAAGGCGCGGCAGGAAGGCAAAGAGGUCCCGCCAGGGCAGGGGGCGGCCGUCUGUGCGGGGAGGGGGGAGGGGGUGGUGCCAUGGAGGGUUGGGGGGGUGGGAAGGGAUAA